CCGGGGCAGGCUGACGUCAGCGCGAGCGCGGAGUUUCAGUAAUGGACAUCUCUGACCAUCACAUGACCGAUGCCGGCAUCGUCCGCCCUGAUGUGCACAUAGAAGUUCAUGUCAAAUCUCAGAGCACAGUCAAGAGGUCUGAGGUGAGGACGCACGUGUUGUCUCUGCUGGAUCGACACAGCACUGUUUUAGGCUCCUACAGAUGGACAGAGUUUGAUGAUGAAUUUCUAACCAAAAACGUGGAUUCGGUCGCUGUAGCGGAUUUAACUGGUCCGAAACUUGUGGAUCUGAAGGCCCACAACCUCUGUAUCCAUAUCUUCUCUCUGAAUGAUGACAGUCCGAGCAUGCUUGCUCUAGAAGAGGAGGAGGAGCUUUCCGCUGCCAAUCAUUGGCUCCUCCCAGCAGCUGAGUUUCAUGGCAUCUGGGAAAGCUUGAUUUAUGAGGAAGGCAUCAAAACACAACUCUUGGAUUACGUUUCGACCACAAUUUUCUUCUCUGACAGAAACGUCGACAGCAAUCUGAUCGCCUGGAAUCGUGUCGUGUUACUUCACGGGCCGCAUUGGUCAUUUCUCUCAUAACCCCUCAGGGGACUUGCCCAGAAGCUCUCCAUCAGACUGUCUGACAGGUAUGCACACAGCCAGUUCGUGGAGAUCAACAGCCACAGCCUCUUCUCCAAGUGGUUCUCAGAGAGCGGAAAACUGGUCACAAAGAUGUUUCAGAAGAUUCAGGAGCUCAUCGAUGAUAAAGACGCUCUGGUGUUUGUCCUGAUAGAUGAGGUGGAGAGUCUCACGGCUGCGCGGAGCGCCGCUCAAGCGGGGAUAGAGGCGGUAUGAGGCUGUCGUAGUGUCGGUAUUGGGUUGUUGAUGCAGUUCUGCCAGAUCAAACGGCACCCAAAUGUUGUCAUCCUCACCACAUCCAACGUCACAGAAAAGAUCGAUCUGGCCUUUGUGGACCGAGCUGAUAUAAAGCAGUACAUCGGCCCCCCGAGCGCCAGCGCCAUAUUCCACAUCUAUCUGUCCUGUCUGGAGGAACUCAUGAAGCGUCACAUCAUCUACCCCAGACAGCAGCUGCUGAGUUUGGAGGAACUGGGCACCAUGGACUUCAUGGAGAGCGACGUGACCCGUCUGAGCUUAACGCUGAGGAACCUUGAGGAGUGA